AGAGGCUUUAUUUUGAAGUUCCAUAUGGAGUUUAGUGUCGGGUAUUGCUGGUCAUUGACAGCCGGCGAGCCUUUGAAAGUCUGGAGUCUGAGUGCAGUUCAGGAGAGACGAUGUCCGCUGUGAUACGCAAACUGUACGCAUCUCUAUUCGCUUUUAAAACAAAUUCUCCAUGAAAUAACAAUAAGACGGGGCCUCAAGGAUGGCCAACUCGGGUGCUGUUCAGGUGAAACUAGAACUUGGUCACCGUGCUCAAGUCAGAAAGAAACCCACUGUGGAAGGCUUUACCCACGACUGGAUGGUGUUUGUCCGAGGACCUGAACACAGCAACAUUCAGCACUUUGUGGAGAAAGUAGUUUUUCACCUGCACGAAAGCUUCCCGAAACCAAAAAGAGUGUGCAAGGAUCCACCAUAUAAAGUGGAGGAGUCUGGAUACGCAGGUUUCAUCUUGCCUAUCGAAGUUUACUUCAAAAACAAGGAAGAACCGAAGAAAGUUCGCUUUGACUACGACCUGUUCCUCCACCUGGAGGGCCACCCACCUGUCAAUCAUCUCCGCUGUGAGAAGCUCACCUUCAACAACCCAACAGAAGAAUUUCGUAGGAAGCUACUGAAAGCCGGAGGGCAACGGGAUCCUAAUAAACGAAGUUCAGAAGACUCAAAAGUGAUGGUAAUGCAGGAGGGCUCAACCUCCCUGUUCGGCCAGCACCUGAAGCUGCCCACACUUCCCAACACUUCACUGACAUCAAACUUCUCUGACCCGAAGAAGAGCAAAAACUUCCAUGGGUCAAAGGAUGGCUCCAAAGGAAGUGGAACUACCCUUCUCACCACCGCCACAACCACCAGCACCAACAGCAGCAGCUUUUCCAAACUCCACAAACCCUCCAAGGACCACAAAGAUAAGCCUCCAAAAGACUUGAAAGAGCCCAAAAGUGCCUUCAGAGACUCUGGCUGGGAACCCAGCAAAGCCCCCAAAGAACCCUCCAGGAAACCCAAAGAGAACCAGCCACUUAGAGAUAACAAUCCCAAGAUGGGUUUCAAGGAACCUAGGUCUUUGUCCAAGGAGCAUCGGACUGAGGGGAUGACGCACGGGUCAGGGCUAAAUAAGCGUCUGUCCACCCCCGACGGUGAUGACCAUGUGGCCAAAAAACGUAAAAAGGGAUUUGCGGAUGCGGGCAAGCAGACAUCUGGGGCAGACUGUCAGCAUUCAGAUAAGAAACUAGUGAAGGAUAGGUUACAAAUGCGAACAAGUAAAUCACGACCAGAAGGUGAUGAAGCUGAGCGCAGGAAGUUCUUAACACUUCCUCCAUUCCAGGAACCGGUGGACCCCAAUGACUCAGAUAUAGAGGACCAGUCCACCAAAUCAGAUUCUGAACAGCCCAGUCCAGCCAGUUCCAGCUCCAGUUCAGGCUUUGCUCCCACACACCAUAAACGACAAGUGGUGGACUUCAUCAUCAGGAAAAGGGUGGCUAUUCCUGCCACCACCCACACAGUGCUGGGCCCACUGCAGUCAGUGAUGCAGGAUCUUCACUCAGACGACAAUGAUGAUGACUCAGAGGAUGACGAUGACAACGACAUGGAAUCUGACGUGGAGCGACCAGCACACACACACCUCACACACCAUCAACGCAGGGUCAGUUUAAGUGACGGCAGUGAGAGUGACAGCUCCUCGCCCUCACCCCCCUCCCGCAAUGAGGCCCCACCCUUGUUAAAGACUACUAAUAACCAGAUACUGGAAAUGAAGAGUCCCACUAAGCAGGGCAAACAGGACAAGAACAAAAACACAGAGUGUGACAAGGCUUACCUAGAUGAGCUGGUGGAGCUGCACAAGAGACUGAUGACAUUAAGAGAAGGUCAUAUACUGCAACAGAUUGUAAACCUCAUUGAAGAGACUGGACACUUCCACAUCACAAACACUACUUUUGACUUUGACCUUUGCUCCUUGGACAGAAGCACAGUAAGGAAACUCCAGAGUUACCUGGAAACCUCCGGACUGUCCUGAGACUCAGACUUGUGAUUUUUCUUGAAAUAAACUCCAACUUCGGAUGCAAGCAAAAAGCCUCACUGUGGCUGGGUCCAGUUGCUAUGUGUCAAGCCUGCUGGGUGGACUGGGCUCUCGGAAUGAAGAGGUCGUCCCGCUGUAGAAACCUGAGCCAGGCGUCGGGAUGAGCCCUGUCGAUCAGGAGAUCACCUGGAAAGCCUUGAAUGUCACUUGACUCUUUAAAAACAAAGUGGGGAGCAGUGACCUUGUUGCUCUUAAUGAAUGUGCAUAUUCUUACCACGUGUUUCUUGAUUUGUUAUUCAUUGUGACAAAUGCAUGGUCAGCAUUGCCUUACAACAUUUAGUUUUAUUUAUUGAAUUUAAUUUGCAGGUGUGUGUGUGUGUGCGUGUGCGCGCAUUAGAAAUGGCAAAAAGUAGCAGAGUGAGACAUUGAAGCACUUCACAGAAAUAUCUUUGAUUCUGUGUGACAGCUGAGCAUCACUACAACACUCUGUCUCUGACUUGAAUUAAAAUUAAAUAUCAGACUGAAUCAUUUCAUUGGGAACAAAAAACUGCAACAGAAGGUGUGAAGGUCAGUUGCAGUUAAUAAAAGACACAAUACCUGUUUAGGACACUGUUGGAAAAUUUGCUAUCUAUUUUGCUCAGGCUAUCCAUAAAAGAGAAAGUGAACAUUAUGCAAGAAACAACUUUCAGGAGCCACGCAGAAGGCCUGGACCCAGAGAGGUCAGUUUUUGUGUGAAGUGGAGUGGUUUAGGUGGCAACAGUUAAUUCUCAAAAUAAAAAUAGGGUUUAAAGCCUGAUCCUGGAUUUGUAUAUGAACUUGCCUCAAGUCAUGAUGAACACAACACAUAUAUACACAAGCAAAUACCACAAAGAUGGGAGCAGGGUUUGUGAUAUCCAGGACACGUAUCAUGUUAAUUUGUGGCUGUUAGAAAUUUGUGAAGAAAGGCACAUUUAGUCCAACUGUAAGUUUAUAUAAAGGUGUAGUGCAGGGGAGGCCAAUUCCAGUCCUCGAGGGCUGCUGUCCUGCUUGUUUUCUAA